GAAGGAAUCAACAAGCCUGCUCCACAUCAGGAGAUCACCUGCUUCUUCACCUUCACCAUACAAGUACAUGUCUUGCUCCACCACCUUACCUUGCGCGCAGCCUCACGACAUUUCAUCCCACUUACGACUACACUAGCUGACAGGCUAUUUGCCAGGAUGGUUUCCUCUCCCGGAGACGGUCACAUCAAGCAGAUGAACAACGACAGAAAGAGCGUCACCCCAACCGAGAAGUCUGCACCUUUGAGUGACACCAAGUCGCCCGGCGUCGCUCGCAUCGAAGCCCUCAACGCUCAUACCUCACUCAUCAACCGCUACUUCAUCUUCUUCGGCUUGUUCCUAGUGGCCUACGCCUAUGGCCUGGAUGGUACUCUCCGCGGCACAUACCAGCCUUACGCAACCGCUGGCUUUGAGACGCAUUCCACGCUUGCCACGAUCGGUGUGCUGCGAAGUGUGAUUGCUGCCGCUGCUCAGCCAACGGCCGCGAAGAUUGCCGAUGUCUUUGGACGAGUCGAAGUUGUCCUGGUGUCCAUCUUCUUCUACGUCUUGGGAACGGUUAUUGAAGCUGUCAGCGACAACGUAGAGUCGUUCGCGGCAGGUGCGGUGUUCUACCAGGUUGGCUACACUACCAUGAUCGUACUCAUCGAAAUCAUCAUUGCCGAUAUCACAUCCCUUCGAUCACGUCUCUUCUUCUCAUACGUGCCGGCCAUACCCUUUCUGAUCAAUACCUGGGUGGGCGGCGACGUUAGUCAAGCGGUCUUGACUGCCACAACCUGGCGAUGGGGCGUGGGCAUGUGGGCUAUCAUCUACACUGUCUGCGCUGUGCCUUUGGUUGCAUCCUUGUUAUGGUCAUCCUACAAGGCGAGAAAGGCCGGAGCUCUCGAUAAAUUCAAAACUCCGUAUCAGGUGUACGGUGGCAAACGCCUUGCAACAGCACUCUUCUGGCAGCUUGACGUACCAGGAAUCAUCCUUCUCAUCGCAGUGUUCGGCUGCAUCCUCACACCCUUCACAAUCGCAGGCGGUACCUCUUCGCAAUGGGGCACAGCCAAGGUCGUCGCUCCUCUCGUCAUUGGCAUCCUCUGCGUCCCUGUAUUCGUCAUCUGGGAACGCCGCGCGCCUCAUCCCAUGCUUCCUUUCCACCUCCUCGCCGACCGCGCAGUCUGGGGCGCUCUCGGCAUCGCGUGCACCCUGAACUUCGCCUGGUACAUGCAGGGCGACUUUCUUUACACUGUGCUUAUUGUGUCUUUCAACGAGAGCAUCAAGAGUGCGACACGAAUCUCCUCGCUCUACAGCUUCAGUUCCGUCAUCACCGGCCUCAUCCUCGGAUUGGUGGUCUUUCGCGUCAGACGCCUCAAGCCCUUCAUCGUCUUCGGCACCUGCCUGUUCAUGGUUGCCUUUGGUCUCUUGACCCACUACCGUGGCGGCACAGGCGCUGCCUCACACUCCGGCAUCGUUGGCGCACAGAUCUGUCUCGGUAUCGCGGGUGGCAUGUUUCCCUACCCGGCACAAGCCAGCAUCCAAGCAGCGACUAAACACGAGCAUGUCGCUAUCGUCACGGGUAUCUACCUUGCUACAUACAACAUUGGCUCUGCGUUGGGAGCCACGGUCAGUGGCGCUAUGUGGCAACAUAUGAUUCCCGGGGAGCUGCUGCGCCAGACUGGCAACUCGCCUUUGGCUGCGGCAGUCUACGCCGAUCCUUUCGACUUCGUUGUGACGUACCCAGUGGGUACACCGGAGCGAGAGGCUGUGAUUCAGGCUUAUCGACAUGUCCAGCGUCUGCUCUGCAUUGCCGGUAUCUGUCUAUCCGUCCUCCUAAUCGGCUUCUCGCUGGUCAUCCGCAACCCCAAGCUGGGUAAGGAGCAGAGUCUAGAGCAUGCCGAGGAGCAGGAGGUUCUAGAGACGCAGAGUAAGGGCGUUUGGGCGUGGUUGAAGCAGUGAGCAGCCAGGAUGUGUUGAGCAAGAGCUCACGAGAAGGAUAACAAGGGUGUAGUUUCAGGGACAAUCAGCAGGAACCGGUACCUGACUGAUAACAAAAGUAAACUCUGCUGUUCGGUAGUUGGCACGAUCAUAAUGAUAAUAUUACGGUAUCAGAUCC